CAGAAUUUUUAAACAACAUAUAAAAUGAGAAGUGAAUUAAUCGAAAAUCCUUUUCUCGUCCAGAAGGAGCCAUCUAGCCGCAGUAAUGUUGAAUCGGGUGAACUGUCGUGAGCAGAGCCAGAACUGGGAAGCAAAAGUGUAGUAAUGGCGGUGUAAUACUAAAUUUCGUGGAAGUAUUUGAGAUUGUAGUAGUAAAUAUCCCGUAAAUAGGAAAAUGAAUUGGAUCAUUUUUUGCUGGAAAAGGAAUAAAGGGUGAUCGACAUUUAUGAUGCCUACAUCUUUCGAUUACCCAAUGAAGAAAGAUGCCAUUCAUACGUGUAAAAUGUUUACCGAGUGACUGCUGGACCCAUCAACGUUCUGUGAGCGCCUUAACCGACGUUGGCAAGUGAGAUUAGGUAGUGAAGGAAAUUUAAGGGAUUUUAAUACAAUCCUAUGAUGAAUGUGUUGGACAAAGUGGUGUGCCUGAAACUAAACUGACGUAGAAGCCAUACAAGACUGCUUUUCAAAUGAGCUGUGAACUCAAUACUGGUGGUGGACCCGGAUCCAGCCGUAGUUCCAGUGGUAUCCAAAUUGGCUCUGCUUGGUUUCAGAGAAGGAUCAACCUCAGGCCUCAGCAUCGUGGGGUCCACCUAGUCACAGAAGAGGUUCUGCGACUUAUACCUGAAAUCUCACAGUUUUCUGUUGGACUUGCUCACUUUCAAAUACUCCAUACGUCAGCUAGUUUAGCAUUGAAUGAAAGUUGGGAUCCAGAUGUCCGGGAUGAUAUGGAAAUGAUGUUAAAUCGAAUCAUCCCUGAGGGCUUGCCGUAUAGACACUCGUGCGAAGGCCCGGACGAUAUGCCCGCCCAUGUCAAAGCUUGCUUCCUGGGAUCGUCGUUGACAUUGCCGAUUAGCGACGGCCGUUUGGCGCUGGGCACUUGGCAGGGCAUUUGGUUGUGCGAACAUCGAAACCAGGCCGGUUCGCGAAAGUUGAUGGUCACCUUGCAGGGAUGUCUCCGACCCGACGACCGUCACCUGGGCUCCUCUGGCGGAAUGCGAAACUCGCGUAGUCCAGCUCAUCCAGGCGCGGAUUCACCACUGGCCUCUACAUCUAGCUAACCUUCUCUGGCUUAAAAAACAAACAAAACAAAACCAAAAAAAAACCCCAAAAAACUAUGAUGAUCCACACGCAGCAUUCGCCUAUCCAUUCCUCUCUCUAUAUAUUUUUUCUUCUGUAUUUUCCCCCUUUUUUUUUUUUUCCUUUUCUUAUUUUUUCUCUUUUCUUUAUUUCAUUCUUUCUUUCUUCUCGGUCUCCAAAUUAAAAGUUCGUACACUGGAAUUCCCGAUUUGGCCCGCUCUUUCUCCCUUUUCUUUAUCUCUCGUCCAGUUCUUUUCGCAUCCUGCGUGCUCUUGUCUACCGACUUCGACAGGUUGACGAGGUCUUUUUUUCCUUCUCCUUUUUCGUUUCGUCCAUUCUCUCCACGUCAACACACACUCAGUUCGAUAAAAGUGGGAUUCCGGAAGGAGUUGGGAUUCACCAGACAGUGAAAUGGGAGGGUAAAGAGUUGCUCUUACGAUUUACUGUUUUAAAACAAACGAAAAAGUAGCCAAUACUUGAGAGCCGCUGGACGGAAUAUUCUCUCCACUGCCUUCUGAAGCAAAAAAGGCAGUCGAAUGCAACAUCCCCCCCCCCCCUUCCAAAGUCCUUCCGCCAUCCUUUGUUUUCUAUUCGGUUUUGUUCUCCCCUUUUGAUUUGCCGGGUUGGCUAUUGCUCGUCACUAUGCAGCGUUUCCCUUCGAGUGUAGGAGAGAUCUUGGGUUUCCGUCAGAGAAGAUUUCGAAUAGAAUUAAGAUAAAAUAUUAACGGAAACACACACACACACACACUUCCGAAGCAACACGAAAUCACAGUUAUGAGUAAAACUCACUGAAACACAUGGUAUAGGUUUAAAAGACCUUGGUAGUACAUAAGUAAAAAGUAAAAAAUAAUGUAUUAAUCGGGGUGGGGUUCCGUUGAGCUGUAGAAAAGAAUAAUUUUUGCUCCCAUUUCUGUAUUUUGUUAUCGUAGUGGCGUGUGUGUGCGCUCCACUUUCCACCAAGUCCAUUAGCAUCAUCCGUAGAAUGAAUGGUGGCGUUUUUUUUUUUUUUUUUUUAUUCUUCUUUGUUUUAUUUUUUUUUGUACCCUUCCCACCACAUUACCUAUUACUGCAAUUCCCAUCCGCUCCAUUCCCGUUUCAUCGUGACAUCCUCCUUUUCCCCACAAUCAUUUUUGCUCACUUGCAAUAACUUUCAACUCCCCACUUAACUUCUUUCCCCGCGGUCUUACGGGUUCGUUCACACACACACACACACACACAAAACGGGAUGGUGACUUCAUUUUUCAUUCCACGUCAUUGCGAAAUAUUUUCCGACCUUUUCCUUCGCCAGCCAUUGAUCCUCCUCACUCGAGUGCUCUCCUAUCAAUUUAGUCCCGUUUUCUUUUCUUAUCAACCUGUCCAUUAUUUUGCAGGGGGUGGAGGGUAUGCACGUUUUGGCGACCCACAGCGAUUUUUGUUUUGUUUCAAUUGCAGAUCUUAGGACUUAGUUCUGUCAUCUGAUGAUUAUCUCCUUUCCCUAAUUAUUAUUUUUCGUUUUAUUUAUAGUAAUCAAUUUCUUGAUGCCCAACCGAUUAUUUUGCCUAGAAAUCCUCUUCCUCCUCACUCGUGUGUUAUUGUAUGGCUCGGUAGCUACCCGCCUCUCUCAACCGAGGUUGAGAGUUUUAAGAAACACAUUAAAUGAUGACGAAACGAGAAGGUAGUGAACUCUGCAAAAAAAAAAAAUUGUAAUAAAAGAGGAAUGUCUCGUUAUAGUCUUAGUUGAAACGUAGAGACACAAAAAGAGCCAUAGAGAGUCUAUGAAGAAGUCGUGCUCUUCGUGUGUGUGUGUGUCUGUGUGUGUCUGUGUUACGUGUGUAGAGAAUCAGACAGAAGGAGUUUAAAGAUUUUUUUGGUUGUCUUUAUAUUUUUUUUUUUUUUUUACGUUUUGUUGAAAUAUUUUGUGUAGAAAUAGUUUUCUUCGUCUUUGAACUGUGUGUGUCAGACGGUUUAGAAGAAAUUGUAAAAGAAUUGAUCCCUGUUUGAAUUGUGUUCACGAUUUGCAGUUCUGUUUUGGGUUUUGUAUUCAGAAUUAGAUAUUUCGAUUUGGAUGGAAGUGGCAGAUUGAGACAUACACACCCCACAUCAUCGUUAGUGGCUGUCGAUAGUGUAAACGAAUUCGAAUGAUGUUUAUGUUGACCUUCUUUUUUCCUCCCUAUGUAAUAAUAAUACUAGUUUCUUCCUCUUUUUUGUGGGGAUUGUUGAAUUGCUCCUUCUAGCUCCAUACCCACCCGCCUCCUGGUCCCUACUCUCUCUCUCUCGCUCUAUCUAUCUCUAUCUCUCUUUAUUCAUCUAUUUUGUCCACCCACAAUAAACAUAAAGCCCUCCUAUUUGGCGUUUGUGAUGCAUUAUUAUUAAUAGACGCUGCCGUUGCGGUUGCCGUCUGCUGAUGUUUUUAUUCUAAUAUUAUCAAAAUAGAUGCAAACAUUCUCAAUUCAUUAUUAUUAGGAAUCGAUAAGGAAAAUAUCGACCGGCCACAGUUGACUUUUCAUAGCGCCAGUGGUGUCGUCGGUGUCAUCGUCAUACUUUUAUGAUUGUUAUAAUUCUUCUUUUUCAUCGUCAUUCAUUUCUGUUUCAUUUUUACCACGAGUUGUUCAUCUUUUUUAUCGGAGGGAAGCAUAAGCCUUUCGUCCUUUCGUUUCCCUUAGCAGCUCGUGUCUCUCAAUUGGCUGUUGCAUUUCUUUUUUUCCUUUUUUUUCCUAUUUCCUUAUUGUAAAAAAUUUUUUUUACACCAUAUAGUCACGCAUUAUACUGCGACACUUACCAAAAAAAAAAAAAAAAACGAAAUUCUUUCAAUCAUCACUUUGUUCUUAUCUCUCAUUUAUGAUUGGCUUCCUUUCGUGUCGUUGCUUCUCUCGGUGGUCCUGAAAUUCACACACACACACACUCUUGUUUUGUUUUCUCUUCUUCUACACGAGUUGAACCAUCAAUAAUGACAGCAAGCGACAAGAAAAAGUUAAAAAUCCCGCAUUUAAAUGUGUUUCAUUUCCCAGUUGUGCUGGCGGGUUACGCGCAAUCGUUUGAAUAAUUACUGGGAGAAAUAAUGACGAAAACCAACAGUAUAAAGAUAAUAAUAAAAUUUCCAUGAGUUUAGACGAGACACCCCCAUUUUUUUUUUCGAUUAUUUGUUGUUGUUGUCUUGAGCUAUCGUCAAUAAUGUUGUCUCCCGAGGAUGACGUAAAGCACCUGUUUGAGGUUGUGGGAGGUAUUGGGUGGGCCGUUUGUUUGAUUGUUUGUUGAUUUUUUCUUGCUCUUUUUGGAUCUCCAAUCGCUGCCAUUCCUUUAAAAAUGAGGAGGCAAAACUUAAUCAUUCCCUUUUGUCUCUUUUUAUUCAUUGACUGCCAGGCGCGAAAGAAAACAUUGAUGAGAAUAAAAUUUGGGAUAAAUCUCAA